AUGCCUUCUUCGCUCGUUUCAACAUCUCGCGUCGCUCAUCCUUUCAUCACAACCGUAUCGCCGGGAUACCCUCCAGAGUUCAAACUCCCAGAUCUCAGGCCUCCAACCCAUGCAGCCAUGUUGCUCAACGUCCCUCGCGAGUCACCAGGUACCGGGCCCCCCAGUGUCUCCUUUCCCCGGAAACAGACCAUCAGGACACCGGCUCAGUUGGCAGUUGUUGGACAGCCCUCGUAA